GGAGGGGGUUUUGACGUCGACGCGGCGCACGUCAGUUCUCGUCCCUGCUGGUCGGGGUACGAGUAGGGAGCUGGUCUCACCUAAUAGACGUGUCUGGGACACUCCAGUCCAUCUAUUUGACCACUUACGCAUAGAUCCACGCGAGCACGAUGGAAGGACUGGGGGUCAAAGGUGCGCAGGAGAUGAGGUCUUCUGCCCCGGCGGAGGGCUACGUGAAGGAGUUCACGCGUCACUCCGACGACGUGCUGCUGAACCUGAACGAGCUGCGGCACCGCGACAUCCUGACGGACGCCACCCUGGUCGUCGGCGACGUACAUCUGCGGGCGCACUGUGCUGUGCUCGUGGCCUGCAGCGGAUUCUUCUACACGCUGUACACGCGCCGGGUGCUGCUUCAGGGACGCGGGGAGCAGCUCAUGACCGUGUCCCUCCCCGACACCUUGGACCCGUCCAGCGUCUCCCUGCUGCUGGACUUCAUGUACACCUCGCGCCUCCCGCUGACACCGAGCACCGCCCCCGGGGUGCUCACCGUGGCGAGCUACCUGCAGAUGGACCACGUGGUCGACACCUGCCGGGAUUUCCUGCAGCUGCACUGCAGGGAGAAAAUGAGUGCAAGGCAUCCUCAACCGGAGCUGGACUCCAGUGUGUCUGUAGCCUCUGUGGCCCCCAAUGGAGGUGACCUGCCCAAUCCAGGAGCCCAGAGUUUACUCCCAACAGCAGUGGCAACAAACAGGGUCCCGGCGGACGUCGGGGGCUUUCUCACGCAAGGGGCUUUCCCGACCAGCCGGCACGGGUCCAGAGAGCUGAAAGAGCCCGAGGUGCCCCUCGCGGGCAGCCCGACUGCGUCUCCGGACAGCCCCGCCCGCUCCAGCUGCCAGCCAAACUCCCCGGCACAGUCCAACACCUGCAACAAAAACCUAGUGAGUGAUGCCAAAGCAUCGCCGGACCCAAAGGCCUGCAAUUGGAAGAAAUACAAGUACAUCGUCCUCAACCCUCUCUGCGCAGCCACCGCCGUGAAGGAAGAGGAGAUGGAGGAGGCUCAAAGCCCCUCGUCGCCCUGUUUGGGUUCCACGCCCAGCGCAACGGAGGCGUGGCCUGGAGAAGUGCCUGGUCAGAUUGAUAGACAGGGGCAGGCCUCCUGCUACGAGGGUUCUGGCCGAGCCCCUCCCCUCGGGCCACCCCCCUCCGCGGAUCACCCAACGGUGCCUCACAACCAGGGGACAGUCUCACCGCGCGCCGUUUGCCCAAACCUGCGCCCCGCCGCCGAUCUGGAGGCCGCCCGACGCGCAAUCAAGCGCGAGAACCGCUACGUGCCCUACUGCUACUCCGGCAACAUUCAAGGAACCAAAAGCGUCUGCUCGGGUGAGAAGCCGUACCGCUGCAACGUGUGCGGCGCCCAGUUCAACCGGCCGGCCAACCUGAAGACUCACUCUCGCAUCCACUCGGGAGAGAAGCCCUACCGCUGCGACACCUGCGGCUCGCGAUUCGUCCAGGUCGCCCAUCUGAGGGCCCACGUUCUGAUCCACACGGGGGAGAAACCGUACCCCUGCCACACCUGCGGCACCCGCUUCCGCCACCUGCAGACCCUGAAGAGCCAUCUGCGCAUUCACACCGGAGAGAAGCCGUACACCUGUGAGAAGUGCGACGUACACUUCCGCCACAAGAGCCAGCUGCGUCUUCACCUGCGGCAAAAGCACGGGGCCGUCACCAACACCAAAGUCCGCUACAAGGUCCUGACCGAGCCCUACCAGACGAUUCUGCAGGCCUGCUGAAGGUUGGCGUCUGACCUCUGGACCCGUCCAUCAGAACUAUGACCGAAUCGUAAUGGUCAGAAAAUGGAGAAAAAAAAAAAAGGUGUGGUGAAUUAUUAUAAAUGAGAGAAUCGGUUCUAUUUGGAAAGAGAGUUUCUGGAUGAGCUUAAUCAUCGAUCGAUGUCUGAUCAAUCCCCGGGGCGGCUUUUCUGAGAUGGAGAUUGUUGAAGAAAAGUGUUUUUUUUGAAGGUUUGUGAAGGGAUGUGAAAAAAAGGGAAAGAAGACGUGGAAAGAGAUGUUGGGAUGAGUUCUGAGAAAAGUGUGAAUAGUUUGAACGAAAGAUGAAGCAGGUCUUAUGAAGGAAAAGGUUUGGUGAAUGUGGGAGUUUUCUGAAGAUACAUUCAAUUGAAAAACAUGUGUUUUAAGGCUGGAAAUAUUCUUCUUAAAUGUGUAUAUUUAAUGUUUAUUCUUCACCUUGAGGCCUGGGGCCUGCAAACAAAGUAUGCAGUGAUGUCUGCCUUUAUAGUCCGAGGACUUAAGUCUUUUCACACUGAUUGUAGUCAGUAUAGAAGUUAAAUGACAUAGUGUUUUAUGCCAUGACAAAUUUAGAUUAAGAUGACUGUAUGCAAUUAGAUGAGUAUUAGUAAUAUUACAGUUGUGCAUCUGUGUGUAUGAGUUUAUUUGCUGGACAAAGAUGGUUUUGUACAAUCUAAAUUAAAUCAUUUUAUAUGAAUUGGA